AAUUCUAUGAUUGGACCUUGCGAAGAUUGCAAUGUAAUUGGGCUUGAUUUUCUGAGAGAAAGUCGAAGAUGGUUUGCCAAAGGAAGAAAGUCAAGGAAUGAUGAUGAUGAUGAUGGGGAUACAGUUCAAGUUGUGCCAGAUGUCCGGCCUGCUGUUAAGGCAGCUGCUCAGUCACAGAUGGAGGCAGCAAUGGAUGCCUUAUCACGAGACCUGAGCAAAUUAAGGACAGGAAGGGCAUCAGCAGGAAUGCUUGACCAUAUUAUUGUGGAAACGGGUGGUGUAAAGAUGCCCUUGAGUCAUCUAGCUGUUGUUUCUGUCAUAGAUUCGAAAACCCUUUCAGUAACAGCUUAUGAUCCAAAUGCCCUAAAAGAGUUGGAACAUGCCAUUGUUUCAUCUCCUUUAGGUUUAAAUCCAACGUUGGACGGCCAAAGACUGAUUGCUGCGAUCCCACCAUCGACUAAGGAACACAUGCAGGCAAUGUGUAAGGUGGUCGCCAAAUCUGCUGAAGAGGUUAAGCAAAGUAUAAGAAGGGCACGUCAAAAGGCAUUGGAUUCAAUAAAGAAAGCUGGGUCAAGUAUCCCGAAGGAUGAUGCAAAGAGAUUUGAGAAAGAAAUGGACGAAAUGACAAAGAAGUCUGUCAAAUCAGCAGAGGAAAUGUGCAAAGCAAAGGAGAAAGAGAUCCUUGCAGGUUAAAUAGCAAGUGAUUGCUAUAUGGACUCCAUAUCCAUGAUCUCUGACCAAUCUUUGGACGCUUCCAUCUUGUUGAAAGCAACUUGUCUUUUACACAGAGUUCAGGAACAUGAUUUUUUUUGAAUUGUUUUCUAAACUCUUUUAAGAGUGAGCAUUUCACAGCAGGAGAAAGCGAGAGGUGAAGCUUUAUACAUUGGGAGCUGGGAAGGGUAAAGUUCUAACAUCAUUGUCAAAUGCCCCUACUCCAUCUUGGAUGGGAUUUUGUGUUGCUCUUGUGAUAAAGCUCAUAGAAGCAUUCAAUAUGCAGAUUUUUUUUCAAGUGAGUAUCAAUUUGUAACGACGAUCUACAUUAUUGACAGUACCUGAGCACGUAAUAAGUUUGAUGGCCUCCAUGAUCAA